CUCAAAACAAAAAGAAGGAAAUCCUGUUGUAAUUUCAACUUCAACAUGGUAUAUAAAAGUGACCGGACUUUGGAUCUGCCUCAGUAGUUCAGUUUCCUCACGAGUAUCGUCAUCACUAGAUCGAUCGACGUCAACGUCAUGGCACUCGUUCCUCCUCGCGCCGUUACUCUGGCUCUUGUCGCCCUCCUCGUGGCCGUCUGCAUCAGCCGACCCGUCAACGCCCGGCCCAACCCCAAUAACGGAGGCACAGGUUCCUCGUCGGCGGCGUCGUCGGCCGCUUCAGGUGGCGGCGGUGCAGUGACGGCCGUCGCCACUGGCACUGGAGUAUCAGGAUCGUCUGACGGCAACAAUAAUAGUGGAGUAGCAGGUGACUCCGCUGGGUCUUCAAGUAGUAGUGGUGCUGCUACAUCAGGCGUAAGCGGGAAGUAGAGGAUGGUGAGCCACAGCAACUAAGGCUCCUACCCUGUGUCACGAAUGGCGGAAAAUAUUCCAUCAAGCAUUUUUAUCGGCCGCCUUUUAUCACGAAUCCAUUUUUAUACCGUCACAUAAAUGUAGUUGGACGAAAAAAGAAAAAAAAAACGUUUAAAAAAAUGUUAUCCGAACUAAAGAAGGUGGAAAAAUAGUACUGCGUCCACACUAUUUUUUCUUUUUUUUUUUGGGGGGGGGGGCAAGGGCAGAAGUUCGAAAAUUUUGAGCUUUAAUGAGCAUCAGUACAAGACUGUUCAGCUUAAGCAAAUGCCAAAGCGGAUAAAGAAAGGCCUGAGGAGAAAUUGAAGAUUUGUUGAGGCACACAAAUUGAUCUAACCAAGUGGCGUUUUCCGCAUAUACGUCAGAGAAGCCAUGCAUCCUUUUCUGAGCAUGGUUUUCAAAAUGCCAAAUUUACCAAAAUAAAGUUAGGAUUUUUCAAUAUGUCACUUGGAUCCACAUUCCGAACGCUGCCCGCUCUUAACACAUAGUUUAAGUAAAAGCUGUAGUAUCUUGUCUUUAGGUAAUUAUUUGCUUAUUGUAUCGAUUUAUUUGUUUGAUCUUUUAAUAUGCAUUAUAUUUAUCCUUUAUUGA